AUGGCCGCCCGUGGCAGAGAUGCCAUCGCCUGGUACCAGAAGAAGAUUGGAGCCUAUGACCAACAGAUAUGGGAAAAGUCUAUAGAACAGACUGAGAUGAAGGGCUUCAAAAACAAACCCAAAAAAAAGGGCCACAUACAGCCUGAUCUGAUAGAUGUUGACUUAAUCAGAGGCUCCACAUUUGCCAAAGCCAAGCCUGAAAUCCCGUGGACGUCACUAACUAGAAAGGGGAUUGUGCGGGUUGUGUUUUUUCCAUUAUUCAGCCGGUGGUGGAUACGGGUUACAUCCCAGCGUAUUUUUAUGUGGCUUCUGGUCCUGUACCUCAUGCAAGUUAUAGCAGUCGUGUUGUAUUUCAUGAUACCUGUUGCGAGUGCAAGUGAAAUCAUUGGACCAAUGUGCCUUAUGCUACUGAUGGGAACUGUUCACUGUCAGAUCGUGUCCACCCAGAUCAACAAACCCCCGGGAACCAAUGGAAGCAGCAGCAGCAGGAGGCGGAGAAAAUUACGCAAACCUGUGGGUAGUGAUGGGAGCAGAGAUGCUGGCAGCUGGUCUUCCUCUGACAAAGCCAAUAAAGGAGACAAGCAGUUGGAACCUACAUCCAUUAUCAACAGUUGGUUUGGCAUGCUCUUCCGCAGGAGGUUAAGGAGGGUGAAAUUGGUAGCUGAUAAAGGGACUGAAACAGAAAGUGGUGUGAGUUCUGUGUAUAAUGGCAUUAAGCACAGACUUUCCAGAUCCGAAUAUAGGCUGCUGCAUUUCAAAGAGAGAGAGAGACUUUCAGAUGGGGAGAAGAGUCAUCGGGAUGGCGGCACACAUAUGGGUGGCAUUUCUGAUGAGCUGUCAAGUGAGGAGGAUGCUGAAGCCAUGGCACAGAGGAUUUUGUUACGCAGAAGUGUAGAAGGGGCCUCCAGUGACAAUAGCUAUGAAGACAAGAAUAGGAGACCUCUUACUACUUCAAAUCAGUCAGUUUCACAGGUAGUCAAUCAAGCCAUUAAAGGUACCAGAGAGUCCGAUAGUGUGGUAGAAUCUGAACUAGACUCAACAGCCUUUAGUCAGGAAUCAAGGUCUUGUUUUAGUGGUGGGUCCCAGAGCUGCAGUGUGUCUCGGAGGGACUCUGAAAGCACCCGCCAUGACUCUGAGACAGAGGACAUGCUCUGGGAUGACCUGCUUCAUGGACCAGAGUGCCGUUCUUCCUACACCAGUGACAGCGAGGAAGGGAAUGUAAAAGGAAGUAAACGGGACCUGAAAGACGAUGUUUUCCAACAGAACCAUUUGUUCUGGCUUCAGAAUACGAGCCCUGCAUCUGCAAAAGUAAGUGCCCUGAUCUGGGAGGGAAGUGAGUGCAAGAAGGUGGACAUGUCUGCGCUGGAGAUCAGCGGGAUUAUCAUGAGCAGAGUUAAUGCCUAUCAGCAGGGAGUAGGCUAUCAGAUGCUGGGAAACGUUGUCACCAUUGGGUUAGCAUGUCUUCCUUUCCUCUACCGGCUCUUCCAUGCAAAGAAUCUUGAACAGCUGCGAUCCAUUUCAGUGAAGGAACUUUUGAAUAUCUUUUGUGGGGCUCCUACCGUCACCCCUGUCAUUGUCUUGGCUGUGAUUAACUUCCUUGAGCGUCUCUGCCUGACUUGGAUGUUUUUCUUUAUGAUGUGUGUUGCUGAGAGAACGUACAAACAGCGGUUUUUGUUUGCCAAACUUUUUAGUCACAUAACAUCUGCCCGGAAAGCCAGGAAGUAUGAAAUCCCCCACUUCAGACUCAAGAAGGUGGAGAAUAUUAAAAUUUGGUUAUCACUGCGCUCCUAUCUAAAGAGGAGAGGGCCCCAGCGAUCUGUGGAUGUAGUUGUCUCUUCAAUCUUUUUAUUGGCUCUAUCAAUUGCUUUCAUAUGCUGUGCACAGGUUUUAAAAGGGCACAAAACCUUCCUGAAUGCGGCUUACAACUGGGAGUUCCUCAUCUGGGAAACAGCCCUCCUCCUUUUUCUACUGCGCCUGGCAUCACUGGGCUCUGAAACUAACAAAAAAUAUAGUAAUAUUUCAAUCCUGCUCACUGAACAGAUCAACUUAUACCUAAAGAUGGAAAAGAAGCCAAACAAGAAAGAACAGCUCUCCCUAGUGAACAAUGUUUUAAAACUGUCUACAAAGCUACUGAAGGAGUUAGACACACCAUUUAGACUCUAUGGCCUGACUAUGAACCCUUUAAUCUACAACAUCACACGAGUUGUGAUCCUGUCUGCCAUAUCAGGCGUUAUAAGUGAUCUUCUUGGAUUCAAUAUCAGAUUAUGGAAAAUCAAACCAUGAACUGGCCAAGGCUCAGCCCUCAAUGCUGUGAGGAUUAUCAAACCAUCAGGACGACACUGGAU